AUGCUUUUAGUUUUGUUUGCUAUUCGGCGAGAACAGGAGGAACUCGCCAAGCGUGUGACGUUUAUUGUCACGCUGAUCCCGCUGCUGAUUGCAGUCUUUCUUUUUAUUAAUUAUGACCGAUCCGAUUCGGGACAUCAGUUUGAAGAAAACAUGAUGUGGAUUAAGGCAUUCAAUAUCCACUACCACGUCGGGAUUGACGGACUAAGCGUUACACUGGUGCUUCUGACAGCACUAUUGGGUCCGAUAUGCGUCCUCGCAUCGUGGAAAAUCGAGAAAGGAAUCAAAGCCUACCUUGCACUGUUUCUACUCUUAGAAACGGGGAUGAUCGGUUUCUUCUGCGCUCUGGAUAUGUUCCUAUUCUAUGUCUUCUUUGAGCUCACACUGCUUCCGAUGUACUUCCUGAUCGGAGUAUGGGGCGGACCGAGACGUGAGUAUGCGGCAAUUAAGUUUUUCCUGUAUACUCUGUUCGGUAGUGUGCUAAUGCUUAUCGCCAUGAUUGCCGUUUAUCUCAAGGGAGACACCUUUGAUAUUCCAACACUGAUUGAACUGGCGAAGACCCCAGGUCACGCACUCGCAGAGCGCACGUUCCAGAUAUGGGCGUUUCUCGGUUUCUUCAUCGGCUUUGCAGUCAAAGUGCCUAUCUUCCCCUUCCACACAUGGCUACCCGACGCUCACGUAGAAGCACCAACCGCGAUUAGCGUCAUCCUUGCAGGCAUCCUUUUGAAGAUGGGAACUUAUGGACUCGUUCGUGUGAAUUUUGCGAUGCUGCCUGAAGGGAUGGACUUCUUCUGCAACGGUGAAGGCAGGUGGGGGAACUCGUUGGCAAUCCUCGGCUUUAUCAACAUCGUUUACGGCUCACUCUGUGCAUUAGCGCAGACCGACUUCAAAAAACUUGUUGCCUACUCCAGUAUUGGUCACAUGGGAUUUGUCCUGAUAGGGCUUGCAGCACGGAAUGAGAGCGGGCUAACCGGUGCUAUCCUUCAGAUGUUCAACCACGGGGUGAUUAGCGCGAUGCUGUUUCUCCUAGUGGGCGUUGUGUAUGACCGAGCACAUCACCGCGAAAUCAAUGGCUUCGGUGGACUCGGCAGCAAAAUGCCAAUAUACACCGGCAUAACGACACUGGCAUUUAUGGCAUCCUUAGGACUGCCGGGACUCAGCGGUUUUGUCGGAGAAGCGUUGUCGCUGCUGGGGGCAUACAGUAAAUUCAAAGUGCUGACAAUCCUUUCAACCGCCGGUAUUGUUAUCGGGGCGGCUUACUUCCUCUGGACGUUACAGCGCGUCUUUCUGGGAGAGUUGAAUCCGAAAUACGAAGCUAUCACCGAAAUCAAUGGACGCGAAAUCGCAACAUUGGUCCCGUUGGGCAUCCUUACGAUUGUACUGGGCAUUUGGCCCUCAAUCGCCAUUGAUAUGUUUAGAGAAGCUGUGAGCAUAUUGCCGCUUGUACAAUAA